AGCCUGGCAGCGUAGAAGAAGAAGAAGCCCCGGUUGUAGCGGCAAUGAAAGGACAGCGUGCCACUUCCAAUUUGAGCAAAACAUAAGUAAAGUGUACCUGAGCGGUAAUAACUACCUAAGAAAAGGGCGAGCAUUAUUCAUUUUCAGAAGAAAUUCUUAGGACUGCGUCGGGAGGAUGUCUCUGGUUUGUGCAAUCUCCAACGAGGUGCCGGAGCACCCGUGCGUCUCUCCGGUGUCCAACCAGGUGUUUGAGCGCAGGCUGAUCGAGAAGUACAUCGCGGAGAAUGGGACGGAUCCGAUGAAUGGACAACCGCUGUCUGAGGAGCAGCUCGUAGAUAUCAAAGUGUCCCAUCCUAUUAGACCAAAGGCACCAUCAGCAACAAGCAUUCCUGCCAUUCUUAAGUCCCUUCAAGAUGAGUGGGAUGCUGUUAUGCUUCAUAGCUUCACCUUGCGGCAGCAGCUGCAGACUACUCGCCAGGAACUGUCGCACGCCCUCUACCAGCAUGAUGCCGCCUGCAGAGUCAUCGCUCGACUCACCAAAGAGGUCACUGCUGCGAGAGAAGCUCUUGCCACACUCAAACCCCAAGCUGGAUUGGUUGCCCCUCAGGCAGUUCCCGCCUCUCAGCCAGCUGCAGCAGGUGCUGGUGGAGAGCCUAUGGAGAUUAGUGAACAGGUGGGAAUGACCCCCGAGAUCAUCCAGAAGCUCCAAGACAAAGCGACUAUUCUCACCACAGAGAGAAAGAAGAGAGGAAAGACUGUUCCAGAGGAGCUGGUUAGAGCUGAGGAUCUCAGCAAAUACCGCCAGGUGGCCUCCCAUGCUGGUCUUCAUAGUGCCAGUGUUCCUGGUAUUCUGGCUCUGGAUCUGUGUCCCUCAGACACCAACAAAGUGCUUACCGGCGGAGCUGAUAAGAACGUUGUGGUGUUUGACAAGAAUGAGGAGCAGAUUGUGGCAACACUCAAGGGUCACACGAAGAAGGUCACCUCUGUCAUUUACCAUCCAUCUCAGUCUGUGGUCUUCUCUGCAUCUCCAGACACCACCAUCCGUGUGUGGUCUGUCACUGGAGGAAACUGUGUCCAGGUGGUCCGUGCUCACGAGGCAGGUGUCACUGGACUCUCCCUACAUGCUACUGGAGACUACCUGCUCAGCUCCUCUGAAGAUCAGUACUGGGCCUUCUCUGACAUCCAGACUGGUAGAGUCCUCACCAAAGUCACUGAUGAAAGUGCUGGCUGUGCUCUCACCUGUGCUCAGUUCCACCCUGAUGGUCUCAUUUUUGGCACUGGUACGGCUGACUCCCAAAUUAAGAUUUGGGAUCUGAAGGAGCGCACUAAUGUGGCCAACUUCCCUGGCCACUCUGGCCCCGUCACCUCCAUUGCUUUCUCUGAGAACGGAUACUAUCUGGCCACAGGUGCCCAGGAUAGCUCGCUGAAACUGUGGGAUCUGAGGAAGCUGAAGAACUUCAAGACAAUCACUCUGGACAACAACUAUGAGGUGAAGUCCCUUGUGUUUGAUCAGAGUGGUACCUACCUGGCUGUAGGAGGGUCUGACAUUCGUGUCUACAUCUGCAAACAGUGGUCUGAGGUCCUCAACUUCACAGACCAUACAGGAUUGGUGACUGGAGUGGCCUUUGGAGAGAACGCUCAGUUCCUGACCUCUGCAGGAAUGGAUAGAAGCCUCAAAUUCUACAGUUUGUAGAAAAACAUACAUUCAGGAGGGAAGGAGAACAAAAAAGUGAGGGGUGGUGGUGGAGAGGUCUCUGUCUGAGCAGUGACUAUCCUGGACACAGACUUAGCAUAGACCUGUAAUUUUUAGAAAAAGAAGAAAAAAAAUCAGUGCUAACUUUGCUUCUUUAGUGUGUUAGUUGUCAUGUCCAGGAAAGAGAUCCAGUGAAAUUAUCUGCUAAUUGAAACCACAGCAGCAUGGCUAAGAUAACAACAUGUGUGUUGGCAUUGAAAUUAUAAAUGAUGUUAAAUGAGAUGCAGAAGUCAGUGUAAUGUUCCUAUCUGAUUUGCCAGCAAUUAUGAUUUUACUGUAGUAUUUUUUUUGUGUGUGUGUGUAUCAGGGGAGGGUGGGGUCAAAAAUUGCUUGUGAUACAGCUCCAGUGUUGUAGCACACUGUUGGGAACUGUACGUGGUGUGACAACAAUCUGCUUUGCUUUUAAUUUAGACCAGCUUCAUUACAGUAACUUUAGAGUAAGAUGAAAAUAAUCUGUAGUGAUGCAGACGUACAGCAAGCAGAAGAUGACCAGGUGUAUGAGACUUAUUUUCCUCUGUGACAAAUAUUGUGUUGUUUAAGCGCCUCUCAUUUGCAUUUCCUGUUUCAAUUGUUCCAUUUAUACUUAUGUCUUUUUAUCCAAUUGUAUAUUUCUCCUUACUCCCUAUUUUACCUGUUGCACCGCUGCCCUUUUACAAUAAAAUAAAAUAUCUUUUGUAUUGCCAUACAUGUGUUUGUCAGAUUAAAACUAAGGGCACUGUUGGGGCAUCUGAAAAAAAUAAAAUAAUUUCCCACUGA